UGUGCAGUGACUCCACUGGUGUCAGGAGACUACGGACACAGAGACAUAGCCGGGAUGUCGUCCAGGAUAUCUUUCUCUCAGUACCGACUGGAGGCGGAGAUUGAGCGCUGCCGUGCCGAGUGCCAGUGGGAUAAGAUCCCGCCUCUGCUGGAGCAGCUGGCAGCAGCUCGGCUGCAUGAACAAGAUGACUAUGGGACGCUGCUAUUGGCUGAGGCUCUGUUGGAGGAGUGUCUGCUGGAGAACGUGACUUUACUGAAGACCUCCACGCCCCUGUCUGACCAAACUCAGCCCAAACUAGCCAAAGCCAAAGCCCACCUCAACAGCCUACUGAGCAGAGGACGUCUGGAGCCACAUUACCUGAAUGAGGCUCUUCUCCUGCUGGCCAAAGUACACUAUGUACAGGGUCGCUACCGGGACGCCCAGGGAAUGUGUGCCCGAGCUGGCAUUGAAGAAUUCACACGUGACGAACAGCCCAUUUACCAUCUGCGCCUGCUAGCAGAGGCCUUCGUCAUCAAAGGUCUGUCUCUGGACCAUCAGACCGUGUCUGCUGCUUCACGCGUUCGUCUCUCUGAGAGGGAGGAGGAGUGUUUGUCCUGUUAUCUCCGGGCCUGUGAUACAGCACUCCUCUACCUGCAAGAGCUAGACAAGACUGUUAGCACACCAAGCGCCAAGACAGCCAAAAGCAGCAUAUCAUCUCCUCCAGUAGAGGUGGACCCAGGCUAUUUCCUACAGGCUGCUCUCCAGAGUGCAUACCUGUGCCUACUGCACAAAGGUCACUUGGCUCAGGGGACUCACCAGUUGCGUCGGGUUAUGAGAGUGAUGGAGAGUCGUGGCUCUCGUAGCUUUCGGAAGGGAGUAUCGAGGAAGCUUGCUGAGGUCUUGCUGAGCUCGGUCAGUGAGGACAGUUACUGGGGGCCGCUGUCCACCCCACCCCCGACCUGGCUGCAUAUGGAAGGGGCCACUCAUCCGAAAGAAACCAUUUACCCCUCCUCCAGACCACCACAGCGCUACAGCACAGAAGGAGCGUUCUGUCCGCAGGACGUGGUGGAAGAGGCUGUGCUCCUGCUGCUCAUCACUGAAUCAAUGGCCAGUGGAGAAGCAGUGAUCAGCCGCACGCCGGAGCACCAGGAGGCGCGGGAGGCUAGCAUUCAGGAGGCCUCCUCUGUGUAUGACAUGCUCAGCAUUGGCAUGGCCAGGAGGGGACAGUAUGCCAUGCUGUCUCAGUGUUUGGAGCGGGCCAUGAAGUUCUCCUUUAAUGAGUUUCACCUCUGGUACCAGCUGGGUUUGUCUCUCAUGGCUAGUGGAAAGGCUGAAGGGGCAGUAUCCGUGUUUAAAGAGUGUGCCAGAAUGAAACCUCAGGACCCCACGCCACCACUGUUGGCAGCUAAAGUGUGCAUCAACCAGCUGCACUGGAUAGAGGAGGCUGAAGCUCUUGCACAAAGUGUGGUUGCUUUGGGAGAAGGAGCUGAAGAGUCCCUUGCCAGAGCUCACUUGGCAAUCGGCCUGUGCUGUAGUCUACGGGCUUCAGACGCCACGCUGAAAGGUGACCGGGAUGAGUUCAACAGAAGAGCUUUACAAGCCCUGCAGACAGCACAUGAAGUGGACCCCCAGGACCCUCAGAUUGCCCUCUAUCUUUCUCUUCAGCUUGCCUUGGUGCGACAGGUGUCAGCAGCGAUGGAGCCUCUGCAGUUGGCUCUGCGUCUGCGCAGUGAAGACCUGCACUCCUUGCACCUGCUGGCUCUCUUGCUCAGUGCCCAAAAACACUACCAACACGCCCUCGACACUCUGACAGUCGCCCUCAACCAAUAUCCCGAGAACUUCAAUCUACUCUUUACUAAAGUGAAACUGGAGGAGGCUCUAUUCGGUCCUGCUGUUGCUCUGCAGACAUGUGAGGACAUGCUUCAAUUGUGGCAGAGCCGCUACGACUUUGCCCGGCCCAGUGAGGUUGAUGACAGUAGCAGUAUCCCUCCUCCCGAGCCAAGCCCAAUAAGCAGAAAGUCCAGCGGCUUACACCUCACUCUACCAGACUUCCAGGAGACAGAAACCGGAUCUCAGAGCGCCCCGUCUCUGGCCGUGUCUCGGCUGGAACAGGCCAUGUCUGAGGUGUCUGCCAUCAGCUCCACCCACAGGCAGGGCCCCGCCUACAUCUGGACCACCCUGGAGCGUAUCUGGCUGCAGGCAGGGGAGCUGUUCAUGGCGGACGGGCGAGUGAAAGAGGCACAGUUCUGUGUUCAGGAGGCAGCAGCGCUCUUUCCCACCUCCCACUCAGUGCUGCUCCUGAAGGGCCAGCUGGCUGAGCUCAGAGGCAAUGAUGCUGAGGCCAAAAGUCUGUAUGAUGAAGCCCUGGCCAUCAACCCCACAGGACAACACAUAUUAAUACACAUGGGUAAGCUGUUGGUUCGUACAGGGCGGGUUGGUCUGGGGGAGAAGGUUUUGCGGGAUGCUGUGCAGGCCCACAGCGUGUCCCAUGAGGCGUGGAGUGGCUUGGGUGAGGCGCUGCAGAGCCGGGCCAGCACUCAGGCACCUGAUUGCUUCCUCACCGCGCUGGAGCUGGAAGCCAGCUGCCCCAUCAGACCCUUCACAGUCAUCCCCAGAGAACUCUGAGAACACCCUGAGGGGAACGCAUUCAUACACAUGCACUGACACAUAUAUUCAAACAUGCACAUUUUAUGAAUGACAUACUUUGUCCCUGUUUUCUGUCCCCAUUUUCUCGUAUGUCUCUUACUGUCGUAUGUCUCAAUUUUUCUGAUGUCUAAGAUUUAUUCGGAAGACAUCUCAGAAUUACUGAUCAUAGCUGAUAUCUUUUUGCAUUAUUGAGUUAUUCUACAAUCUGCAGAUAUGUAUGCAAAUAUUUGGGUACUCCUGGUCUAAUUACAUUUUGUUGAUUUUCUGUGUGAAAAUAUGUUCCUUUAUAGAACACAUAUAGAGCACAUUCUGCACAUUUUUUAAAAUUUAACAUAAUAGAAUAUAAGAACAUAUAUAUACAAUAUAAGAACAAAAAAAACAUAAAAUGUGGUCCGUGAAAAAGUUAUGGCACGCUUUAUUUUAUGUUUUUUUUUUUGUGAUAUGUUAAACUCAGCAAAUGCAUGAAGAUAGUUCAAGAAUAGCAGAAUGCAGUAUGUGAAUUUCCUUGUAAAGGAUGUGUUUAUUUUCACUUUAAAAGUCACCAAAAAGUAAUUUGACCAGGGGUGUUCAAACUUUUGCAACAAAUUUAAAUGCACAUCCUCCAAUAAAUCUUUUACCCUCAUGCUGGCACACAUAUUUGACGUAUUUAUGUGGCACACAACUGCACAAACAAUCUCUUUGUGUUGGCGUGAACAACAACCACUCAGUGUAAAAAUGACUGACACAUACCAAAGACUGUGCUGCGCUGCUCACGGACAAAUACUGCAAUCAUUAACUUAAAAUGCUGUAUUAUUUGUAUUUUAGAUUGUUUAUUCAAACAUCAUUACUUUCCAUAAAGAGUGAUUCCGAGAGCCUCUCUCAUUGCGUGUGUCUAAUUCGCUCUCAUUCGUUCCACGCCAGUGUCCACAGCUCUGUAACUCUGUAGCUCAGUGAGAUCUUAUGUAAUGUUUCCAGUGCUGCUGUGAAACUGGAAGCCCAGUUUUUCUUUCUCUGAGGCUGCUGUGGUUGCCUAGCAGCCUGGCCCGUGUUUGAGUUACUGGGGAGACUGGGAGGGAGAUUUAGAGUUUGGGCCUUCCAGCACGAGGGCCUGUUCAAAACUGCUUACUUGCCAUGGGCUCUUUUAUGGCUGUGCUUUUUUUUCUGUUUCAUGCAGAGGCUGAGGCCCUUAAUAAGAGAGAGGGAUGCGCAGCAGACGAUGGAGUUUGGUUAUGUAAGCGCUAUUAAGUGGGUUCCUUAAAGCAGAAUGGAUUCUGUCCGCUCAACCUAAGAGCAUGAUGUGGAAAGCGAGAAGAAAUUCUGUCUUUUUUAUUGCCUGAAGAGCAGUAGGUUCAUCACCUAGUGGGUGUUCUUUGCUCACAACCAGAAUUUUCUCUCAGGCCUAGCUGUUAUGCAUCUCUUCAGGAUGCUCACUUGACGCAAGCCUGUACUCUGUCGUCCAGGUGCACAAGCUGCCACUUCUCCUCCUCCUCCUCUCUUGUCACUCCGUUUUCCCUCACUAUCCUUACCUCUCUCGUGCUCCCUCUGCUUUUUCGUGUGGGUUAUUAGGUUUGAGGCGCAGUAGGUGGGCGGUAAGAGGAGAUGAAUGGGCUGAAUAGCCGCUGCAGAGCUGGGUGAUGUAUAGGGCCACAUGGGGAGGUCAUGACAGCAGCGGGUAAAAGAAGACAGAUAAAUGAAUGGCGUGGCCUGUCGCUCUGACAUCCGCUGAUGAAGGGUGCUAGGCAGCAGCAUUCAUCGACUCCACAGCCUGAAUAAUUAGGCAGGCCUGCAGAUCCAUGCAUCUCUCUGCCCGCCCCCCCUCCUUGCACUGGCCUAGUCUGGAGAGACAGCACACAUUCAGAUGGAAGGAGGGAGAAAGGGGGAAUGAUUAGAAGCAUGAGACAAAUGAGUGGGAGAGAGAGAUAAGGGAGGAUUUAGGAUGGAACUCUUUUUAUGUGAAAGGAUGUCCUUCAGGUGUCUCUGGCUUAAUCACUUAAUUACAGACAUAAUGCUUGUGUGGGUCUCUAUGGAGGUUCCUAUUUUGACAUCUUUCUAUCUGGGUUCAUACCUUUGUACGUUGUAUAUAUUUUUUCAACUUUUCUCCUUGUUCAAUUAAAGGAAUAGUUAAGCAAAAAAGUUUUGGAGACCCAAGACAUUUGGCAUCUACACUUGGCUUCUUCGGUUUUGUACUGUAGUUACACUGCAAAUGUGGCUAACAACUAAUGGUUAUAUAUAAUAAAGUUUUUAUACUGUAUUUAAAGUUUAUGAUGGUCACAAAAUGAUAAAUCUGAAAAAAUAAAUUUUCUUUGGGAACUA